CGCCCUUCCGCGCUUCUUCUUCGCUGCAAGAUUCCUCCGCUCAAGUAUAAAAGCAGUUCCCGCAGUCUGCCGGAGACUGGGGGGAGAGUAACUUCUGCUUGCGACGAGCAGCAGCCCAAGCACGUCUGAGGUCGCCCCACGAGGAAGAUGGAAGUCACGCUGGGCUACUGGGACAUCCGAGGGUUGGCCCAUCCCAUCAGACUGCUCUUGGCGUAUACCCGGACCCCCUAUGAAGACAAACAGUACGCUGUUGGAGAAGAAGUGCAGAGCAGUGAAAUGAAAUCAGAAAACACUUCACCACGACUUGGAGCUCUUGGCAUUGUUCCUAAUUUUGAUUGCAGUCAGUGGACAAGUGUGAAGCAGAAGCUGGGCUUGGACUUCCCAAAUCUCCCAUACCUUAUUGAUGGUGAAAGAAAGAUUACCCAGAGCAAUGCCAUCCUGCGAUACAUUGCGCGCAAGCAUAAGAUGUGUGGUGAGACUGAAGAAGAAAUGACCAGGGUGGACAUGCUUGAGAACCAGCUCAUGGAUUUCCGAAUAGCCUUUGCAACCUUGUGCUACAGUCCAGAUUUUGAAAAACUGAAGCCUGAGUAUUUGGAGUUACUACCUGGGAAGCUCAAGCUGUAUUCUCAAUUUCUGGGGGACAGGAAGUGGUUUGCAGGAAAAAUGCUCAGCUACGUAGAUUUCAUUGCUUAUGAUUUGUUUGAUGCCCAUCAAAUGCUGGAGCCAAAGUGCUUGGAUCAGUUCCCAAAUCUGAAGGAGUUCCUUCAUCGCUUUGAGGCCUUGGAGAAGAUUGCUGCCUAUGUAAAAUCGAGCCGCUGCAUAAAGACUCCCAUCUUUUCGAAAUGUGCCUUUUGGGGCAACAAAAAAGUCUAGAGGAGACCACAAGCCUCGCAGGGGUAGCAACUGUACACACCGUAUGAGUGAGAGGCCUUGAGUCACUCAUAAUUCCUCCGUAGGUUCAAACUUCAUUAUGUUUCUAAGACACAUGUCCACCUAAUAAAGACUAUAAGGAACUGAAAAA